GUUUUUUCUUUGUUCUAUAGUUCUUUUUUUUUCCUUGUUGUUAGUGGUUGGUUUAUCAACUCACAGAAGCGCCUUUGUUCUUGCCUGUCAAUCUUUUUAAUUAUUCUGUUGCCUGUUCUAUCCACGUCCGCCUUGCUACACCUCUGAAUUAUAUUUUUUGAAACCCUUAUUCUAUCUAUUAUUUGUAACCAUGUCUUCUCUCACCGCUUAAACAUUUUGCGUACCAACACCGUACGGAUUAACAACAGAACAACAACAGAACAACAGAAUUUUUUAUAACCAACAACAACAACAACGUAGCCCAAUCAUGGUCUACUUCACUGAACAAUGUCUUCUUCGACAGAAGUUAACAAAAAAGACGUCCAAGUCUCGAAAACUCGAAUUUCCUUGUUGAACGCGCUUAAUACUCAAUGAUGUCUAUCCACGUACCAGCAAUUAUCGAAAACCAAGAAAUGAACGACGAUACAUUCCAGCAGUUUUACCAAUCUUUGACCCCAAUGGGUCUAAGCGACGUCAACACCAUGGUGGAUCAGUGGUGGAUGCAAGAUUUAUCCCAAUCUGGUUUCUUGUCUCCCGCCAGCAUUUCAUCCAGCCCGGAAAUUGCCACGCCUCAUGAUAUCUUUUUGAAUUCACCUCAUCUCAAAGAAGAGUUCGAUGCACGUAUGACGACUUCAGCGUGCAUGUUGAACCAAGCAACCGCACCCAAUGGCCAGUCAGUAGCCAAUCUCUUCGCCGAUUUGCCAGCAGCUUUAGCUGCUCUGGCCAGCGCGGCGCCUUCCAAUGUCCCCAGUCCUACCUCUUCUCCUCCAAUGCCAACAUCGACUUCUCCGGCGGCUGUGUUUAUUCCCCAAACCAAACCGGAGCCCAUUUCUCAUGUGGCCAGCGCUAGUACUCCAGCUUUCUCUGCGAGUCCUGCCAAGUCUCGCAAGCGAUCCAUCGAUCCUGCCGACGAAGCUGCGCUCAAACGCCAGAAGAACACCGAUGCGGCUCGCCGCUCCCGUGCCAAGAAAGUCAUGAAAAUGGAAACCUUGGAGAACCGUGUCGCCGACUUGGAAAAGGAGAACGCGAGUUUGUUACUUCGUGUGGCCGUGUUGGAAUCCGAAAAAUCCAACUUCCAAACCAAGGAGACCUCCAACGAGAACCGUAUCAAGAUUCUCGAAGCUCAAUUGGCCGAAGCCCACAAAGCCUUAGCAUCUCGCUCUUCGUCGUAAUUUUUUUCUUUAUUUUUAUUUGUCUAUUUACUUUUUUUAUUUUUUCUAUCUGAUCUUAUUUUCAUAGUCUUUUUUCUUUUAUUUCAUUCAAUUUUUUUCAGCUAUUUUUAGUUUACAUGAUAGAUCAUUUUCUUUACAUUGUUUUCUUUUCCUGAUAUCAAUAGAAUGACUUUUUCUCUACAACCGAUAUUUGUUUUUUAUAUGAUUUGUAUGAUUUGAUCCUUCAGCGUGCACUUUGAGAGAGAACCUGCCGAAACAACACAAGCGGUUUCGACAUUGG